AAAUAUAAAGUGGUCGCACCGCCAGCACCGCAGUAACAUUCGGGCAUCAUGAAGAUCACGGCGGUUCUUCUCUUGGGCCUGACGGCUCUGGGCAGCGCUCAACUCGAAUGGUGGCAGACGUCCACCUUCUACCAGGUCUACCCAAGAUCUUUCAAAGACGGUGGCUUUGAUGGAAUUGGAGAUAUUCCAGGCAUUAUUGAGAAAUUGGACCACUUCGUCGACAUUGGCAUUGGCGGUGUUUGGCUCUCGCCAGUUUUCAAAUCGCCAAUGAAGGAUUUCGGCUAUGACGUUUCCAACUUCAGAGAGAUUGACCCGAUUUUCGGCACCAUGGCCGACUUUGACGCCCUUGUCGUUGGCUGCAGGAAUAGAGGACUAAAACUGAUUUUGGACUUCGUGCCCAACCACUCGAGCGACGAGCACGACUGGUUCAUCAGAUCAAAGGCGCGCGAAGAUCCCUACACAGAUUACUAUACCUGGGUCGACCCCGCAGGUUACAACGCCACAGGCGCACCAAUUGCUCCUAACAACUGGAUCAGUGUUUUUGGAGGCCCUGCUUGGGAAUGGGUUGAAGAGAGGCAGCAAUUCUACCUGCACCAGUUUCACGCAGGCCAGCCCGAUUUGAAUUACCGCAACCCUCUUGUUCUUGAGGAAAUGAAUGACGUCCUGCGUUUCUGGCUGGACAAGGGCGCCGAUGGAUUCAGACUUGACGCCGUCCCUCACUUGAUGGAGGAGCCAGGCCUCCCCGACGAACCUCCCACCAAUGACCCUAAUUAUGGGCCUGACCAGUGGGGCUCCUUGGAGCACAUUUAUACCAAGGACCAGCCUGAAUUGUACGACAUCAUUUAUGGAUUCAGAGAUAUUGUCGAUCAGAAACAGGGAGAGCUGGGAAGACCAUUAGUGAUGUUGGUCGAGGCGUACACCAACAUUACCAACACCAUGAAGUACUACGGCAACGGCACCCACCCUGGUGCCCAUUUCCCAUUCAACUUCCAGCUGAUUGACAACCUGAAGAACGAGACUGACGCUGCAGGUCUGCAGUCAAUCAUCAACACCUGGUUUUCUAACUUGCCGAGCGGUGCUUGGUCAAACUGGGUUGUUGGAAAUCACGAUCAGCCUCGCGUGGCUGGCCGUUUUGGAACCCAAUUUGGCCUUACGUCCAUCAUUCUAGGCCAGCUCCUCCCCGGCACCGCCGUCACCUACAACGGCGAAGAACUGAAUAUGGAAAACACUUGGAUCUCCUGGGCGGACACAGUCGACCCUCAGGGCUGCCAGGCCGGUCCUGAUGAAUACUGGCGGUUCUCCAGAGACCCUGAGCGAACGCCCUUCCAGUGGAGCGCCGAAGCGAUGGCCGGAUUCACCACAGGCAGCACGACCUGGCUGCCCAUCAACGAAAACUACGUCACUCUGAACCUGGAGGCCCAGAAGGUGGCGGCGAAAAGCCCUUACAAGGUGUACAAGAGACUGACCGAAGCCAGGAAGAAUAUUAUCGCGGUUCAGACCGGAGAGUUGAGAACCUACGUUUUGGACACGCACAUUUUCUCCUUUGCUAGGGCGGUUCCAGCCGGCAACCCCAGUGUUUUGGUGGUUGUUAAUCUCGGUUUUGAGGAUCAGGUUGUGAACGCGAACCCCAAUAACGACCUGCCAGUCAUCGCUAAUUUCUACACUGGCAGUUUGGAGGCCGUUUACGCAGAAAAUGAGGAAGUUUCCACCGUCAGCCUCGCCAUUCCCGCCCGUGGAGCUUUAGUGCUCACCUACGACGCUCUCGUCUAAUGAAAAUCAUUAAGGAAUCGAAAAAUUACUCAAAUGUGAAUGUUGAUUUGUAUUUUUUAUUUGAUUAGAAAACGAAAUGCGUGCAAAAAUUGUACUCUCAGAAAGUAAAAUAUAAAAUGUAUGAAGUAAAAAAAAUUCAAUAGUAUUAAAAAAAAAGGAAU